GAUAACGGAAAGCUAUGCUCUGAUUAUACAGAUUCGAUAGAUAUAUUAUACGAGAUACUGUUACUGUCUAAUAUUUACAAUUCUCCAGCGAAAGAAUAUAUAGAAUAUAUAGAAAGAAUAUAUAGUGACUAUAUAUAAUCAUGUGGUUGGAGGAUGCAAGUCGGUAACCAUUUUUCUCAGUUGAUUUUAGAACACAGCUAUUAUAAAUCACUAUACGGAUCCAAUGCAAAUGUUAGUUUACUCUCCAUUUGCUUGUCGUUAAUGGAAAUACAUUCAAGAUGGCGUCGCUCAUUGACAACUAUGAGCAACAAUAUGCCGUUUUGACAGCUGACGUUACUGCAAAAAUCGGUAGAAUAAGAACACAAAGUGGCAAUGAGAAAAGAGCGUUCGUUCAAGAUGUGGACAGGCAAAUUGAAGAGGCUCAGGAACUGCUUGAACAAAUGGAACUGGAGGUUCGUGGGUUGACCGGCACAGCCCGCGAUCGAUUACGUGGUCGUGUAGAAAGUCACAGAGCAGAACUGAAACGAUUAACACAAGAAUUCCAGUUAGCUAAGAAGCCAAAAGAUGAGAGCAUUGAAAUAAGCAGAGAAGAUUCUUGGGAAAGCAACAUCACAGAGGAUCAAAAGAAAAGAUUAUUGGAUACUUCUGACCGAAUAGAUCAUACUGGUAGAACCUUACAAAACGGAUAUCGAAUGGUAUUGGAAACAGAAGAAAUUGGUUCUCAGGUAUUAAAAGAAUUGCACGAGCAAAGAGAGACAAUACAAAGAGGAAGAGGAAGGUUACGAGAGACAGAUGCAGAGCUGGGACUUGGUUCUCGGUUGCUGUCAGGAAUGAUAUUAAGAAACCUUCAGCAAAGAUUUAUUUUAGCAGGAGUAGCAUUAACGCUUAUAAUUGUUGCUUGUGUGGUUGUGUACUAUAGCUUUAAAUCUAAAAGCUAAAGAAGCUACUAGAAUGAUUUUUUGGGUUGGGAUACAGCUUGAAAGCCAUAUUUAUUAUCAGUGAGUUUCAGAUGUUAUCAAUUUAUUAAGUGUCUGUUAGGUGAUUAUUAAAUUAUAA